AGGGAGGAUGGAGAAAGAGGAGGAGGAGGUGGUGGGAAGCUGCUGAAAGCCAAGGAGAGUGGAGUGUGUGUGCUUACAAAUGAGACGUGAGAGGGGGAAGAAAGAUGGUCCCUCCCUGCUGCCUCCAGACAAGUAGCUGAAGGAGAGAGAGCGGGAGAGAGAGGAAAAUUGGCUUGUCAUCCUCUUUGAGAAAAGAAAUAAAGGGUGUGUGUGUGCAGGGGGGGGGGAGAUAUAGAGCAGAAGCCUCCUCAGCUUUGGCUGGUCCAUUACGCCAGCUGUGAAGGAAAUUGCGGCCCCCCAUUGUCUGUCAGCGCCGGGGCUCCGUCUGAACCUGAUGUGUGCAUGUCCAUGUCAGGGGGUCAACAGGCAAAUGACAGCGGCGCUUGGAGACCGGAGGAGAGUCCAAGGGAACGACCUUGAGAGGAAACCUUAAAAAUGCAAUGGAGUGAAAAAACGAAUCAUCUUGGGAGGAAGAAAAGGAGACAUUCUGGUUAAAGGAGCAAGAGCCACUCAGCGCAUUAUGCCUUCUUCUCCGGGGAAAGCCAAGCUGUGCCGCCUUCAACGGAAACAAUAACGCUGCUGGGAACGCCCCUGAAUGGUCGAAGUGGUUUGGGGUGGGGGUUUUCUGUGUUGGGGGAUCCUGUUUCCACCACUCCUUCUCCCGGCGGGAAGUUCUGGAUGUACCCUGUGAAAGUUUCUACCCUGGAAGGAAGUCGGUCUUGCCAGUUGAAAAUGAGACACUUUCAGAUGAACUUGCUUCUCAUCUGUGUGGCAACAGCCACCGCAAUCCCUGUAGUGCCCUGGCGGGUCAAAUGCCCACUGCAGUGUGUGUGUCAGAUCAGACCGUGGUACACCCCCAGGUCUGUGUACAGGGAGGCCGCCACCGUGGACUGCAAUGACUUGUUCAUCUCCGCGGUGCCCACCAGCUUGCCAGAGGGGACACAGACGCUGCUCUUGCAAAGCAACCGCAUCGCUAGGGUGGACCAGAGCGAGCUGGACUAUCUGAAAAACCUGACGGAACUGGACCUGUCGCAGAACAGCUUCUCCGACAUCUGGGACUUCAGUCUGAAGAACAUGCCUCAGCUGCUAAGCCUCCACCUUGAAGAAAAUCAGCUGGUGGAGUUGUCGGAUAACAGCUUCUCUGGCCUGGCCAACCUCCAGGAGCUCUAUCUAAACCACAACCAGCUUCGUAGGAUCUCCCCACGGGCCUUCUCAGGCCUCAGUAACCUCCUACGACUCCACCUCAACUCUAAUCUCUUGAGGACAGUUGACAGCCGCUGGUUCCAGGUGCUCCCCAACCUGGAGAUCCUCAUGAUCGGAGGCAACAAAGUGGAUGCCAUCUUGGAUAUGAACUUCAGGCCUCUGUCGAACCUGAGAAGCUUAGUGCUGGCUGGGAUGAAUCUGAGGGAGAUCUCAAAUUUCGCCCUGGAAGGGCUGAGAAGCCUGGAGAGCCUGUCUUUCUAUGACAACAAGCUGGUGCAUGUCCCCAAGCGGGCGCUGCAGCAAGUCCCUGGCCUUAAGUUCCUGGAUCUGAACAAAAACCCUUUGCAGAGGAUCAGGCAGAGCGACUUCAUGAAUAUGCUGCACCUCAAGGAGCUGGGCCUUAACAACAUGGAGGAGUUGGUUUCCAUAGACAAGUUUGCCUUGAUCAAUCUCCCUGAGCUGACCAAACUGGAUGUGACCAACAAUCCCAAGCUGUCCUUCAUCCACCCCAGUGCUUUCCAUCACCUGCCCCAAAUGGAGACACUGAUGCUCAACAACAACGCCCUAAGUGCCUUGCAUAAGCAGACGGUAGAGUCCCUGCCCAACCUGCAAGAGAUCAGCAUCCAUAGCAACCCCAUCCGCUGCGACUGUGUCAUCCGCUGGGUCAACAGCACGGAGAACCACAUUCGCUUCAUUGAGCCCCAGUCCACACUGUGCGCCGAACCCCCGGACCUGAAGAAGAGGCACAUCCGAGAUGUUCCCUUCCGGGAAAUGACCGACCGGUGUUUGCCUCUCAUCUCCGCCAAGAGUUUCCCCUCCCACUUGCAGGUGGCAGACGGUGAGAACAUCUCACUACAUUGUAGAGCCCUGGCAGAGCCAGAACCAGAGAUCUACUGGGUCACACCUUCUGGGGUCAAACUGAUCCCUUACUCGGAGGACGGGAGGUAUAAGGUGCACCCUGAAGGGACGCUGGAAAUACGCAAGAUAACUGACCGGGAGGCUGGUCUCUAUACCUGCGUGGCCCACAACCUCAUUGGUGCUGACACCAAGAGCAUCAGCCUGAUGGUCAACAGCUCCUUCCCUCUCAGCAUGGACAACCUGGAGCUCCUGGUGAAGGAAGUCCAGGCCUACCACAUCCUUGUCGCCUGGAAGCCCCACCUCAACACAGUCUCCUCCAAUCUCACCUGGUCCAGCUUCUCCUUCAGCUCCAGUAUGGAUGUGACCAACGUGGCCCGGAUCCCUGCAGGAACCCAUGUGUAUAACAUCACCCGGCUCCACCAGGGCAUGGAGUACUGGGCCUGCCUUCACGUGGCCUUCGUAAACUUGCAGUCCAAGGUGGCCUGCGUGAAUGCCAGGACUAAAGAGGCUGGUUACCGGUACCAGUACCUAGAGAGCAGGCAGAGUGUCUUGACGGUGCUGGCCCUCUGUGUCUUGCUGCUUGCUGUCAGCCUGGUGGGCCACUAUGGCUUUGGCUCCUUCAGGCCACAGCCUGGGAGCCCUGGGAAGCUGCCCCUGCACUGUCUGCCCUGGAAUCUGGGCUCCUCCUCCGUGCGUGUGAUCUACCCUCCUUUCAUCAAACACUGGGAUCAAGGCAGGCCUGGGGAGAAGCUCCUUGGCGUAGAGGUGCAAGCAACGCCGCUGGACUCGUGAAGGUCGUCCCUUUGGAGGGGCGUGGAGUGGGGGUGGCGGUUGCCGGGGUGGGGGAGCAGGCAAGUGGAACUAUUUUUUACCAAAAAUAAGAAGACUUGACUGACCAACGAAGAGGGACAUGGCCAACGUCCCAGCCUUGCGGUGCCUCUCUGCCCCCCAGGCGUCACCCAAGUCACCCAUCAGCAUUUGGCCAAACAGAUUGUUUCUCUUACAGACAACCCGCUAUUACGGGAUUGGGAGAGGUUCUCAAGUGAAUCUUUGGCAUAGCGAGGGACAAUGAAAGGCAACGCCCAGAGCAGAGAACAUGAGCAGCCAUAUGGUAGAUCUACAGAGGACACCGAGCCCCCGGCAGCCCAGCUCUGACAUGCCCAGCUGUUAGUCCAUUAGCCGGAUGGGCCCUGUCUUGGAAAUACACAAAGGCCUUUCCCUUUGGGACUUCUUUUGUGUGUAUGUGUGUGUGUGCGUGUGUGUAUGUACAGCCAUAGAUAACCGAGACUCAAACCUGCCAGCCCUCUUAUUCACUCACCCGCUCAAGGAACAGAGUGGGGAGAGGAGAAGAUGACCCUUGGGCUAAGGAAACAAGGAUGAGAUGUUGUAUCUCUGAAUGGGCUAGUGACGCCUUCCUGGCUCCGACUGAAUUCUGCUGUGAAGAGCCAAUCGGAUCCUAUAACCCAAGAGCUUGAUUUCAAGGCUAUUUUAUAAACUUUUGUGGAUAAUGUUACAAAAAAAAAGAGGAAAUUCUUGCUUUUCUGUUUUUGUAAAAAAAGAGAAACAAAAAAACCUUUGUACCCUGGUCUCUAGUUCGAAGGCUCCGUGCUAGAAAAAACAUUGCUGAAUGGUAGGGGUGGGAGGGGUGGACGGGCAAAAUCUCUGAAGGGAUGGAGGUUCCAGGAACACAGUGUCUUAUUUCCAAAUAGCUGCACUUUGCUCUCUGCACGUGGCCCAUUGCAUAACUUGAAACAUCCCGAGAGAUGAGAGUGAGAAGAGGCUUUAUGGGGGGUGCGAGGGGAAUAAAUAUUCUGGUCUUCAAUGCUGUCAUCACCUCCCUUUCUCUGAUGAGCAAUUUAACUUGCAAAUGAAACAUACCCGUGGACAGCAUGAGUCCCAUCCCCCCACCCCCAUCUGUUUCUAAUUAUGCCAUACCAAGAGACGAUGCCUUCCGUAGAAUUUCAAAUCAGUGAGCUUGGGAGAGUUGGCUUCCCUUUGCUAGUGGUGUAUGGAUGUUUUUAUUAAAAGCCUCAUUUGUUUACUUUUAACUUUCUAAGGAGCCUUUAAUUGGGGGUGGGAAAUCAAAUGGAAAGAGAAAGGAAGAGACAGGUGAGCUGGUUGCUGGAGAAACAGAUGGAUAGCUAGAGAGUGAUGGAAAGAAGCCAUCAGAAAUGGAUCAGUGUAAAUAGACAACAAAAUAAUUUUCCCACCAUGAAGUAUAAAGUCCAUGGUUAUGAAUGUUGCUUUUUCUUUCUAAAUCUGUGCAAGAGAGUGGUCGUAAGGGGCCAGAAGACAAAUGAUUUGGUUAAUGUAUAUCUGAGACCAGCACCUACAGUGUAUUAGUAUACUGAGAGUUUUAAAUUAAAAGGCAUGGGAAGAUGAGUAGCAACUGGAAGUACAGGUUGAACCUCUCUAGUCUGGCACUCUCUAGUCCAGCAUCAUCCGUGGUCUGGUAUGAUUGUAGUUAGCCAGAUGUCCACUUAUCAU